AUGGACAGUAAUGGUGUUUUCAAGAUCUUGUUCUCUUUGAUGUUCUGGUUUCAUUUCUCAGCUUCAUAUAAGCUGCAUCCUUUGGUUGAGAAGUCUAUUUCCUAUCAUCGGAACCAUACCGCGAUUUCGGAUUUCCGGGUCAUAAAUAGAAGAGCUUUAACGGAGUGUCUACACAAGACCAAAUAUCAUCAAAUCCAAGUUGUAGGAAGUCCUGCUGAUCUCGGUCCUGAUGAAAAGGAAGAAUAUAUCAUAGUAGAAGUUGUAGUACCUCUAAAGCCUGCAAACCAGGAUUGGGUUGCGCUGAUAUCUCCUACAGAUUCCAAUGUGGAUGCUUGUCGUGUGAAGGCUGAGAGUAUGUAUCUACAAACUGGCGAUACCGCCAUCCUCCCUCUAUUAUGUGAUUAUCCUGUUAAGGCGCAAAAGGUGACGAAUGAUCCAGAUUAUCUAGGUUGCAAGAACAAGGACUGCAAGAGAAAAUUGGGGGAAAAAUGCUUGUUUUGGACUUGUAGUGCUAAAUUAAAAUUCCAUAUCGUCAACUUCAGAACAAAGUUUUCAUUCGUUUUGUUUGGUGGUGGGUUUCAGACCCCUUGCACUUUGGCUAGGUCGACCAAAAGUGUGAAGUUUGAAAAACCAAACAAGCCGUUACAUGGACAUCUCUCUAGCAUAGAUUCCACCGGAACAUCGAUGAAAGUAACGUGGGUUAGUGGGGAUAAUAAACCACAAAUGGUGCACUAUGGAAAAGAAAAUGUUGAACAAGAAGCUAUUUCAACAUUUACUACGUUCACAAAAGAAGAUAUGUGCGGUUUUGAAGAAUCAACACCUGCAAAGGACUUUGGGUGGCACGACCCAGGAUACAUUCAUUCUGCUGUCAUGGUAGGGCUUGAGCCUUCAAACAAAUACGUCUACAAAUAUGGAAGUGAUGCAGCUGGUUGGAGUGAGAAAAUCCAGUUUCGAACACCACCCGAAGCAGGAGCAGCUUCAAAGGAACUCAGAUUUCUUGCUUUCGGUGAUAUGGGAAAGGCUCCCCGUGAUAAAUCUGUCGAGCACUACAUUCAGCCGGGAUCCAUCUCAGUCGUUGAGGCAAUGAUUAAGGAAGUAGAUUCUGAUAAAGUCGUAGAUUCAAUAUUCCACAUCGGAGACAUAAGCUAUGCCACUGGGUUUUUAGUCGAAUGGGACUACUUCCUUCACCUCAUACACCCUUUAGCCUCUCGAGUACCUUACAUGACUGCAAUCGGAAACCACGAGAGGGAUUAUACUAAUGCCGGAGGGAUUUAUCAAACUCCUGACUCGGGUGGAGAGUGUGGGGUUCCUUAUGAACAAUACUUUCCCAUGCCAACCGCAGGAAAAGAUAAACCCUGGUAUUCCAUAGAAGAAGCAAAUGUUCAUUUCACUGUAAUUUCUACCGAACAUGAUUGGAAAGAAGGUUCCGAACAGUAUGCAUGGAUGGAAAAGGACAUGGCUUCAGUUGAUUCAUCAAAAAUAGAUUGGCUAAUAUUUACUGGGCACAGACCCAUGGUUAGCUCAGUUACCAGUAAUGUUGACAAAGGAUUUGUUGAUGCUGUGGAGCCACUACUAAAAAAAUACAAGGUUGAUCUAGCGCUUUGGGGACAUGUACAUAAUUAUGAGAGGACCUGCAAUGUUUAUAAAAAAGAAUGUCUUGGAUCCCCUGAGAAAGUUGGUGAUGUCGACACAUAUUAUCUCGAGCCGUACACUGCUCCAGUUCAUCUUGUUAUUGGCAUGGCUGGAUUUACUUUGGAUGAGUUCCCAGAUGCUAAGCCCGAGAAAUGGAGCUUGGUUCGGAUCGUGAAGUUUGGAUACUUGAGAGUUCAUGUAAAACAUCUAGAGAUGAGAUUAGAGUUGGUAAAUGCAGAAACCAAAGAGACGUUGGACACUUUCAAGCUCAUUAAGAAAACAAGCUCAAAACACAACCACCCUCAUGGACGAAGACCAGGGACUGCUGACCGAGCUAGGAUGACUGUUGGGACUGAGGAAACAACUGUUGGCCUUGCCAAAACCACUGAAAUGAGUAUGUAUAUGAACGGUUAUGGAUAUGCGUAUCCAUUUGAGACCUCGAGUUGGACAAGGGUGAGGUUUAAGGAUAGGAGGGUGAGGUUCUUACUGAUAGUUGCCGAGAUUACAGGGAUACGUUUGAAGUUGAGAAGUGGGCAAAGUAGCUGUGAAUGA